UGAAAAGGGACUGUCACAAAGAAUAAAGGCUAGGCUUACUGCACUUGCUGUAGGAGUCUAAAUUCAGAUAGGUGGUCAUUUCCAAUCAACAAUCAACAACAGUUGAAAAUAGACAAAUAGUUUAAAAAUGGAUCAACUUGAUUCUACAAAUAAAACAUCAGAGACUGAAUAUUCAGAGAAAAAGAAUACUAAAUGCUGCAAUGGAUUCAAGAUAUUCUUGGCAGCUCUGUCAUUUAGCUUUAUUUGCAAGACGCUGAGUGGCAUCAUCAUGAAAACUUUGCUCACUCAAAUAGAAAGGAGAUUCAGCAUAUCCUCUUCUAUUUCUGGCUUAAUUGAUGGAGGCUUUGAAAUUGGAAACUUGUUUGUGAUUGUGUUUGUAAGUUACUUUGGAUCCAAACUACACAGACCGAAGCUAAUUGGAAUAGGCUGUGUCAUUAUGGGAGUCGGAAGUAUUACGAUAGCUUUGCCUCAUUUCUUCAUGGGAUAUUACAGGUAUUCUGCAGAAGCACACGAUAAUGCGUCUGACAACUCGUUAUCUACUUGCUUAUUGGAGGAAACUUCAACACGCAUGGAAACAUCAUCUGAAAGAGUGGGAAAAGGUUGUGAGAAGGAAUCUGAGUCACACAUGUGGAUCUAUGUCCUAAUAGGCAACAUACUUCGUGGAAUAGGGGAAGCCCCUGUAACACCACUGGGAAUUUCUUACAUCGAUGACUUUUCUGAUGUAGGACAAUCUUCUCUUUAUAUAGGUACCGUGAAUGCAGUAUCAGUUAUUGGUCCAUUCCUAGCCUUUGCCAUGGGAACUCUGUUUUCUAAAAUGUAUGUGGACAUUGGCUUUGUAGAUCUGAGCAGCAUCAGAAUAAUUCCCCAGGAUGCUCGCUGGGUUGGUGCUUGGUGGCUCAACUUCCUUGUGUCUGGAUUCCUUUGCAUUAUUUCUUCCAUACCAUUCUUUUUCCUACCCAAAAAUCCAAAUGAACCACGGAAGCAAAGAGGGAAAGUUUCAACAUCUUCCCAUGGACUCAAAUCAGAUGAACAAAAAAAUCAAACAGCUAAUUUGACCAGUCAUGACCAAGAAAUUAAUAUGGCUGGUCUUUUAAAGUCCAUGAAAAACCUCCUUACUAAUCACCUGUAUAUUUUGUCCAUGAUUUUCACAUUGUUGAAUUUCAGCUGCUAUGUUGGUACAUUUUCUUAUCUCUUCAAGUACCUGGAACAGCAGUAUGGUCAGACAGCACCUCAGGCUAACUUUACUUUGGGAAUCAUAGUCCUACCUAAUACAGUAGUUGGAAUGUUUUUAGGAGGAUAUCUCAUUAAAAAACUGAAGUUAACUCUACCUGGAAUUACAAAAUUUCUAUUAUAUAUCACAUGUAUCUCCUUGAUGAGUUAUCUACUAAAUUUUGCUCUCAUAUGUGAAAACAAAUCAGUUGCUGGCUUGACUUUGACUUAUGAUGGACUUAAUCCAUUGACAUCUCAGGCAAAUGGACCAGUGUCUUACUGCAACUCACACUGCCAUUGUGAUGAAAAUCAAUGGGAACCAGUGUGUGGGGACAAUGGAAUAACUUACUUGUCACCUUGUCUGGCAGGAUGCAAAUCUAAAGUUAACAAUGAAAAGUCUACGGUGUUUUAUAACUGUAGUUGUAUGGAAGUAUCUGGUUUUCCCAGCACAAAUUAUUCAGCCCAUUUGGGUGAAUGCCCAAGAGAUGAUGAUUGUGGAAUGUAUUAUUAUAUUUAUAUAAUUGUGCAAGUUUUGAUUGCUCUUAUGGCAGCAUUUGCAACCACUGUAGUAACGGUGCUACGCAUAAGAAUUGUUCAACCUGAUUUGAAGUCCCUUUCGAUGGGUUUCCAUUUGCUGGUUUUACGAACACUAGGGGGAAUGCUAGCUCCAAUAUAUUUUGGGGCCAUGGUGGACAGAACAUGUAUAAAGUGGUCCACAACAGCCUGCAGAACACAAGGGGUCUGUAGGAUGUAUGAGUCCAGAGCACUUGGAAAUGCCAUCAUAAGCUUGAGCUCAUCCUUAAAAUUUGCAUCAAUUAUUUUACAAGUUGUAAUUAUUUAUCUUGUGAAGAAGAAAUAUGAAGGAAAAGAUGGCAAUGCAUUUGAAAAUGGAGGAAAAGAUAAAAAUGAAGUGAACUUAGAAUCCUCAAAUAACAAUGAACAUUUUGCACCUUCUGCAAUAGUGAAAGAAACACAUAUUUAGGGGAAGAAAAAGAUUCUUCUUUUGCUAUUUAAAAAAAAAGUGAUGUGGUAAUAUACUAUUUUUAAGUUCCUAUUCAUUUCACUGAGAAUUCCUACUGUGUACAAUGGUAGAAAAAUUAAUAGGCUUAUCAUAAAAAAACAAUAAGGAGAAAGGAUUGGGAAUUCUCUUUGCAUGGGUAUUGCUAUACACUUGUGGUUAAUAUUGAAACAUAGGAAACAUGUAAAUCUAGAAACAAGAGGUCUAGCUAGUGUGUAACAGAGGCAAAAGUGUUUAGUCUCUGAAUUAUAACUUAAUAACUUCAGUGACUAGAAAGAUAGGUAGAGGCAAAAAAAAAUAGGAGAAAUAUUUGUAGCAUAAAUGAGGAAAAACGCCUGCUGUCUUAGCAAAGAAAGAUUGGAUAAUGUAAUUCUAGCCUUAAGUCUAACAUGAUAGUGAGGUCAUGCAAUCUUGAUGUGUUAUUUAUUUAAGUCAUACAUUUUACAGAACUCAUUAAGUGAAAAUCUGAAAUUGUGUUGGACUAAUGAACAGGAUCAUCUUUUUUUAAAUAAAAUACUGCUGAAGAAAUUGAGAUAUUAAAAAUUUGCUAGUUCUGAUUAUCAGAGUGCAUAUUAAAGAAUACAAGUGUCUAUCAGAGGCAUGGAAAUCAAUUAAGACCAACUUUGACAUCAGAAAGCAAAUAUUAUUUAAUAGAUACAUUUUCAUUUUACCCAUUUGUUCUCUGGGAGAUGUGAAGCCUAUACCAGAUAAAAUAUCAGCUAUUCUGUUUUCUUUCUUUCUUUCUUUCUUUCUUUCUUUCUUUCUUUCUUUCUUUCUUUC